UCUUUUUCUUUCAACCAAGGUCUCCAAUUCACGGGCGUGGCUUGUUUUGCACUCGCAAUAUCGCCGCGGGUGAGAUGGUGAUCGAGUAUUCUGGAAUGCUGGUCCGCUCGGUUCUCACCGACAAACGAGAGAAGUACUACGAGAGCAAGGGGAUCGGAUGUUACAUGUUUCGUGUGGACGGAACGUACGUUGUCGACGCCACAAUGUGCGGCAACGCUGCUCGCUUCAUCAAUCAUUCUUGCGAGUCUAACUGCUAUUCUCGUGUCAUAACCGUGGAUGGUCAAAAGAAAAUCAUCAUCUUCGCCGCCAGAAGUAUCUCUAGAGGUGAAGAGCUUACCUACGAUUACAAGUUCCCAAUUGAGGAAGAGAAGCUGACAUGCUUGUGUGGUUCAAAGCACUGCCGCAAAUACCUCAAUUAAUUCUCAACUCUUUCCCCAAAUUUUCCAACCUAGAUAGACCCUUUGUAAAAUAAUAUAUUAUUUAUGAGCCAAAUGUACAAUAAUAAGGUGUAAAAUAUUUGUCUACGGCUUGUCCAAGAAUAUUCAGAGUGUAACUAGUUUAUAUGUGCCUUUUUCGCUUUUUGUUUGGGACACUUUCUGUAUGUUACAUGAUAUUUACAACAGAUUUGUACUUCUCGAACUCUCCUAAUAUAUGACAGAUCAGAGGAAAAAUUAUGUAAUGUUCAACUGUAAUAAAUUAUCAGUAGGUACGAAAAUAAAUUUUUGGUUAGAUGUCUUGA